ACCUAUUUAUCUACUUGCACUUUGACGUGCUUUCGAACUGCUAGGUUGGCAGGAGCUGGGACCAAGCAACAGAACGAGAGCUCACCCCAUCGCGUGGAUUCAAACCGCCAACCUUUCGAUCAGCAAGCCCUAGGCUCAGUGGUUUAGACCAUGUGAGGAGUAACAAGUAACCAAGGGGUUAACUGUGUACUGUGUAGCACCUGACCACUGAGGAAGAUAUCAUGUUACAGAAUGUGCUAGAAGUGUUUCUGUGUGUAUCAGUUGGUUUCGUUUUUGCCUGGGAGACGGUCGCAAGAUGUCUGCGCUCUCACCAGGUUGUUUGUUAUUUUCUCUGUAGAAUAAACUCCAGUAGUUAUUAGAACACUUUGGACUCUGUGUGUUCUUAAGAGGCUUUUUAUCCAACGGCUAUACAAGCUUCCGCUGUGUGUGAGAAGAAGAAACCAAGAUGGCUAUGUACUAACACUCUAUUACGCUGGAUCAGGCACUGUGGCAUCCAAGACAUCUGUCAUGAAGGAUGCUACUAAUUUCACCUUCAUUGGCCUGAAUUCAGGAAGUAAAUAUUUGCUAGAAGUUGCUGCUGUGGCAGGGCCUUACCAGAUAGCAGCAGAGAAUGUCAGUGACUGGACAUAUCCUUGGGUUCCUCGGAAACUCUCCAUAAAGGCAGAGAAGGGAAAACCUGCACUGUCUGUGUUCUGGACAAAGCCUCUCAGUAAGCCAGAGCGCUGCCAGCUGCAGCUGUGGCACCCAGGCAACAGCACCAUGCUACAGCACCGUGCCUUGACCCAGUGGCAGGUCCAACAUGUAUUCCAGAGACUGUUCCCAGGGAGAAAUUACUCCGUAUCCCUCAACUGCAUUGCUGGACCAUAUACGAGCAGCUCUGAGACCGUGGUGAUGCCAAUAGUAUUAGUGUCCUGAGGAUAUCUCACCUAUGUGCUCCCCAGUGAAGACACAGAAGCAAUUUGCUUCUAUUUCCCAGAACAGUUGGGACCAAAAGAAGAAGAUGUGAAAAGAGAAUGAGAUACACUUACAAAACCCCAAAAUAUAUAUGUCUGCAUGCAACAAACCUAUAAAUUAUACUGCCCCUUAGAAUUUAUGAACAUCUUGCUUAUCUGAGACAAACUGUUCAGGAUUUAAGAUUCCGUUCUUCCCAACUAGGCCUCACCUUCUGUGCUAGGUCUGAUCACCACAGCAACAACCGUGAGGUGAAGAACUACUCCCUUCUGUAACUCAUGGACUUGAGAAGGUGGUGUAGGGAAAUCUGUUGCAACCAUUAGCCACCCUACGAUGCGUCAGAAUGUGUCUUGAUGCGCUGAGGGCAGUGCCCCCCCCCGAAAAACACACCCAGGGCCACCACAGCCCAUCCCAUGCUAUGCUGGAUGUGUGCUUGUCACAGAGACAGCCAAGCUGUGACUGCUCAAGUUUUUGUGUUGUGUCUCUCCAGAGCCCACACAGGUGAAGAACCCACAGUGCCUGCCUGACAGCACAAGUAUAUUUCUGAACUGGACCACCCCUGAGGGUGAUAUUGAGUCUUAUAAGCUGACAGCAAAGAAGUUUCCCCAAGGAAGCCAGCAGCAGCCUGUGCUUCCUUUGGCUGUUUCCAGGGCUGAUGUCACUCUGACAGAACUGUCCUCAAACACUUCCUAUCAAAUCAGCGUUAGUGCUGUGGGCAGAAAUGGCAUCUCGGGCCCAGCCGUGACACUGCUCUGCAAUACAUCUGUGGAAGGUGCUAGUGCCAGGACUCAGGAGUAUUGCUACCCACCACCACCACGCCAGCCACUCUGAAGCCACAGUGUAAAAUGGAAGCGUUUGAAACCAUUCUUCCCUUGCUGUUGUGGUGGGCUCUAUUCUGCUUUUCCUAUACCUUCUGAAACAGAGUAACCAACAUUAAUAUUGGAUUGAAGAUAAGGUUCUUUGUGGCAUCAUCCAGCAGAUAUGAAUUUGGGUUUCUUCCUCGAAACCCUAAUAGUAACUGAUUGCUUUUCUGCCAUGUUUGUCAGCUGAACAUAUUUUGUCCACACUGCUGCCCACAUCCUUUCCAUUUUCUUGCCUGCAGCUUGUUCAGAACUCAGCAAUUUUCUACAGUGGAAAGAGUCCUCCUCAUUUUGGUUAUCUGUAUGAGAUCUCAACUGCAGUGUGUUUCAACAACUGACAUUGUGUUGCCCAAUCGUGUUGCCGUGUAAUGCUGUGCAAACUUCCAUUGUCUUCACCAGCUUAAAUACUUCUGUUUCAUUGCACAGUUUUUGUCUGUUUAUUAUUGCUACCCCCUCCCUUUCCUUAUUAUUUAGGUUCUUAAAUAAAGCUUUAUUGCCCAAUGUAUCAACAGCAUCCAAGAAGAAUUCCCAACUCAAGCUACGUACACAUGGCUGGCUUAAAACACAGCCAGGUCAAAAAAUUUCUCAAUACAGUUCAAAAGUGGUUUUCCCCAAACUACAUCAAAAUGUAGUAUUCCAUGAAAAACAACAGGAUUGAUGCUGUGGCUAACAUCGUAUGUACUCAGUGGUGGGAGUGCACUGCAGAGCCUAGGGCUUGCCGAUCAGAUGGUCGGCAGUUUGAAUCCUCGUGACGGGGUCGGUCCCAGCUCCUGCCAACCUAGCAGUUCGAAAGCACGUCAAAGUGCAAGUAGAUAAAUAGGUACCGCUCCAGCGGGAAGGUAAACGGCGUUUCCGUUUGCUGCUCUGGAUCGCCAGAAGCGGCUUAGUCAUGCUGGCCACAUGACCCAGAAGCUGUCUGUGCCUGCGGACAAACGCCGGCUCUUGCGGCCAGUAAAGUGAGAUGAGCACCACAACCCCAGAGUCGUCCGUGACUGGACCAAAUGGUCAGGGAUCCCUUUACCUCAGGGGUCAGCAAACUUUUUCAGCAGGGGGCCGGUCCACUGUCCCUCAGACCUUGUGGGGGGCCAGACUAUAUUUUGGAAAAAAAUAUGAACGAAUUCCUAUGCCCCACAAAUAACCCAGAGAUGCACUUUAAAUAAAAGCACACAUUCUAAUCAUGUAAAAACACCAGGCAGGCCCCACAAAUAACCCAGAGAUGCAUUUUAAAUAAAAGCACACAUUCUUUUCAUGUAAAAGCAUGCUGAUUCCUGGACCGUCUGCGGGCCGGAUUUAGAAGGCGAUUGGGCCGCAUCUGGCCCCCGGGCCUUAGUUUGGGGACCCCUGCUUUACCUUUACAAAUACUUACCUGAGAAUAAGUACUGCAGACCUCAGUGGAAUAAGUAAACAUGCAUAGGAUUGGGCAGUUAGUCAUGGGUAUCUCAGGACAACAGUGUAUCUAACAUGCAGAGAGAUGGAUUGAUCUACUCCAGGCACCCCAACCUUUGGCCCUCCAGAUGUUUUGGACUACAAUUCCCAUCAUCCCUGACCACUGGUCCUGUUAGCUAGGGGAUCAUGGGAGUUGUAGGCCAAAAUAUCUGAAGGGGUGCAGGUUGGGGAUCUACUCCUUUCUUGCUUUUUUUUCUUGCUUUUUUACUGUACUCAGGAUGAAUGCAGGAUUAUACAGAAUAACCCUUUGCCAGGAUAACCUUACAAUUCCAUUAGUGUGGUAGGUAGAAUGUCAAAGAGGGCAUUGAGUCCAGCAAGCAAGAAAAGGGCAGAAUCCUCCACAAAAUCAUUGUGGGUGGGUGAUACCAAGCCCCAAGAAUAAUACAGAGGACAUGCUAUCGUCCUCCAGAUCAAAAUAUUCAAGGAGAAUUUGAAAUGAAGGAUGAGAGCAAAGAAGCACUCAUACGAGAAAAUGUUGCAGUAAUGGGUUCUUCACAAAGAUUGCUCCAGUCACAACAAAGAGAUGAAAUUUCCAGAUAUUCUAAAUGACCGUGCCCUAGAACAGUUGGUCAUGGAAGCAACCAGAGGAGUGGCAAACCAGGACUUAAUAUUACGAGUGGUGCCCAGGACCUGGUGUGAUCUGUAAAUGUGGUUGGCACAAUUGGGAACAAUGAGUCUAGCGCUAUUAAAUUAAAUAUGUAUGUGAAUGUCUAAUUGCCAAGGAAAUCCAACAUGGUCAAAUUUGACUUCAAAAAAGAAAACUUCCUCAAAAUGAGGGGAUUGGUAAAAAGGAAGUAGUAGCCUGAAUAGGAUGCUGGACCAAGUGGUCCUUUGAUUUAUUUCAACAAGAAUCUUUUUAUUUUGCUUUAGUGUCCUAUUGUGUUCAAGAACCCUGCUGUAGCAGAUUAAGGAUGCUUCCAGGUGGGGGUUUAAUAUUACAGAUUAUUCAGAUCUGUUUUUUUUCUGUGUGCAAAAUGGACGUGCAAAUGCCCACACAUUUUUCACAGGCAUUUCAGUAUUUCCUGUCCAUAUCAGUGGAUGACUGAGGGAGUGUUUUUGUGCUGUGUCUGCUGGACCCUCACCUCAAUCACAACUUCCCUGCCCUCUACUACCUUUCCCUCUUCUAGGUCUGCACACAAAUAUUUCUGUACUUGUGCACAUGCUAAUAAGGGCACAUGCUAAUAGUAAUUGGGAGCUCGGUCUAACAUUCCUUUUGAUCCCUCAGAUUUGCACAAAAUCAAAAAUUGUGCAAGCUAAUUUACAAUUGCUUGACUGUGUGCAUUUGAACACGUCUUGGGUAGGGACAUUAAACAAACAAACAAAGAAACAAAAAACCUGAGGUGUGUGUGCAGCUAGCUGCACACAUGCCCUUUCAGUACCUAACUGGCAUAGCUGAAUCAAUAAAUUAGAAGACAGGGACAAACACAAAGGCCAUGCCUGCUGGUAUGCACAGGAAAGACCAAAGUUGCUUCUCCUAUACAUAUUGAAAUAUUGUCUGGGUAUGGACUACUCUUGUCUAAUUUGAAUGGGGUGGUGGAGGAGUGGAUUAACAGCUAAAUAAUGCUCAAAUGUGGGCAAGCCCUUUACAAAUUGCUCCUCUGAAAUGGAUUGCUAAAAUCUGGAUUUGCCAUCAGUGUGGCACAAUGGAAUUGUUGCUCUGCUAGCUUUUGCCUAUCGCUGGACUGUGGCCUUCAGAAGAUUGCCCCGUCUGAGAGCCAAAUUCCCACCCUUGAUUCAAGGAGACAUUCGGCAUCUGUGUUAUCUGCAACCAGAGAUCUACUGUUUUCUGUUGGACAGCUGAAAUAUAGUGGUCCUUGGGGCAGAAUGCUCAGAAAGGAUCUGAGUCUCCACACUGCCUUGCGAGAGCUCCCCGGGGGGGCUGUGCAGCGGAUGGAGCUGUGAAGUUUGUGGCCGGCACAUGUGUGUGGGUGGCUGCAAGGGUGGAGCAAGAGGAGGAAGUGCCAGAGCAACCACCAGCAUAGUGAUAAGGAAUUUCCUGCGCUCGCUUUUUAUUUAUUUAUUUCACCGGGUGCCUGGUCAUAAACAGCAGGAGAGAUGGGUUUGCCGACAGCAGUGGGUGUUCCUCCAGCCCCAUGGGCUCGCUGACCCGCAUGGCACCUGCUCUCAGGGUUCCUCGGGUGGCUGGCCUCUCAUACCUCAGUCCAGAGAAUCCUUUGCCGGCACAGCAUGGUCCUCUCCUGUUCAGCAUGCCCUAAAGUCAAUCGUUUCAGCCUGCUACGUGAGCGAAAGAGGGCAGGAAUGGAGAAGUGUCAGGAAGUCAAGAAACAUGUGCGUCUGCAGGAUAGAAGGGGCUCCAACGUGUCGCUGGUGCUGGACAUGAGUUCCCUGAGCAACACAGAACCCAUUUCAUCCGUCUCCACCCCAAGGGAUGUCACAGUGAAGCUCCUGAACACCACCAGUCAUGUUCUUACUCAGAGGAUGCUCCAGCAGCAGAACUGGAGCCUAGAGGAGCUUCAAGAGGAGUUUGCGAAAAUCCCCUCCAACUUUGCCAGUGCAGAAGAGCUGGACAUCCCCAGGCGAGCAGCAAAAGACAGAUAUAAAUCCAUCCUACCAAAUCCCCAGAGUCGUGUGUGCCUCGAGAGAGCGCUGAGCCAAGAAGAGGAGAGCUACAUUAAUGCAAACUACAUCCGGGGUUAUGCUGGGCAGGAGAAGGCCUAUAUUGCCACCCAGGGGCCCAUGCUUAAUACAGUCAAUGACUUCUGGACAAUGGUGUGGCAGGAAGAAGCUCCUCUCAUCGUUAUGCUCACCAAACUCAAGGAAGCGAAAGAGAAAUGUGUCUGUUACUGGCCCGAAACGGAGGCAACCUAUGGGCCCUUCACCAUGCGCAUGCAAGGCAUUUGUGAGUGUGAAGAAUACACCAUCCGCGACUUUGGCCUACAGCUCAACGAUGAAUUUCGCACGGUGAAGCAUAUUGUUUUCUCAUCCUGGCCAGACCAGAAGACUCCAGAAUCCACCAAGACCUUCUUGCACUUGGUUUUGGAGGUGGAGAAAAUUCUACAGGCCACAGAGAGCAGAGGACCUGUUGUUGUGCACUGUAGUGCAGGAAUUGGUCGGACAGGCUGUUUUAUUGCUACGCAGAUUGGAUGCCAGCAACUGAAGAAUAAAGGAGAGGUGGAUAUUUUGGGGAUAGUCUGCCAGCUGCGCAUAGACAGGGGUGGAAUGAUACAAACCAGUGAACAAUACCAGUUUCUCCAUCACACACUGGCCAUGUAUGCGUCACAGCUUCCUAAGAUCACAGACUGCUAGUCAUUUUCUUGUGUUAGCAUGUGGAACUCUCCUCUCCUCGACACAUGGCUUGAUGGAGCCUUUUUCUGACUCUCCAAUCUGUAGCAAUAUGGAAGGAACUACUUAUGUUUCAACUGCCUGGAGUGUAAUCUCUGCCCAAGAAGAAGUACCUGGUUGCCGGUUGCAUACCAUAGGAAUGUCUUCUAUCACAAAGCAGACUUCAAAUUCUAAUGUUGUAUUUCUUGUGCUUGUUUUGAACUCCCUGAAUGAUGUGUGCAAACUUAAACCAGAUUUCAGGUUCCUUGCAAAUAAGUUUGUUCUGUUUAUUGUUUACUAUUCAGGAUACGUGACUGUUAAUAUCAGAUGUGGUCACUAAUCUAGUUUCUUCUCCUCAUUCCUGUUACACUUCUUUGGAGAAUGCUCUCCUUCCCAACCCCUGGCCUUGCAUCCAAAAUGUCACCAGGAAGAGGGACUUCAUUAAUUGUGAAACAAUAAUUUUCUCCCCACUCAUUCUACUGAUGUUCUACAGUAUUUCUCCAGGCAAUAGCUGCAGCCUCCAUGUGGUUUUAGGCAUGUUUAUUUCCUCUCUGCCUUUCCUCCUUGGAAUCUAGAAAUCAUUUCCUUUGAACUGCUUUUAUUAUGCUGAUCAUGCAUAA